AUGAAUAAGGAUGGUUUUGAUGAUUAUAUAGGUGAAGAAUAUUCUAAACUCAAAAAGAAACUUCCACCUCCUAAAAAGAAACUUCCUCCCAAAAAGAAAAACAGCACUAAAAAAAGGACAAAAAUUUCAAUUCCUCGAAUAGAAUCAGAAAGUGAAGAUUAUUCCUCAACUUCUGAUGAUUUUGUUGUUGAUGAUGAAGAAGAAGAGCAAGAAAAGAAAGUUCCAGGAUGCGUUGAUGAUAUUCAUUCAGAUAAUUCAGAUUAUUCCGACGAAUUAUCAUUUGUUUCCGAUGCAAUGGAUUCAUAUUUAUCCUCAGGAGAAUCCGAAUCUGAAGAAAACGAAUCCUCGGAAGGUACUUAUUAUUCCGAUACUUCUGCAUCACAUUCUGAUGGAGAUUAUUAUUCUUAUUCCGAUUAA